UUAUUGUGGAAAUGUUAGAGCGACUGUAUCAGUUAAACUGUCCCAUUUCCUCUUUAUUCUAAGUAACUCGUCGUCCCAAUAUCAUCCCAAACGCAUCUCUAUUAAUAUAUAUAUUCAAAUGUAUAUAUACACAUAUAUAUACAUACAUGCUGACAACACGUGCUUUGAGAGAUUAUUAUUAUAAAGGUCUGUGGAAGCAAAGGCCCCUCCCCGAAAUCUGAAAACCCCCAAGGGCCCAACGAUGUUUGUGUUGGCUGAAAUGAAAGACACUGUUCGCAUUAAACCCCACAUCUUUCACAUCAAUUUCACUGGGGCAACAGUUGAAACAUUGAACAAGAAGUUUGCAAAUAAGGUCGUACACAAUGUAGGUCUGUGCAUUGCAUUAUGGGACCUGAAAGAGAUCAAAGACAGCUUCCUGUUCCCAGGUGAUGGGGCUUCACACACAGUUGUCCAUUUCCGAUAUGUUGUGUUCCGACCUUACAUGGAUGAAAUCCUCGUUGGGAAAAUCAAAGGCAGCAGUAAAGACGGAGUGCAAGUUUCCCUGGGGUUUUUUGAUGACAUCCUGAUUCCAAGUGAUGCCCUACAGCACCCUUCCAGAUUCGAUGAACAGGAGCAGUUGUGGGUGUGGUUGUACGAGGCAGAAGACGAAAAGCACGAUUUGUUUAUGGACAUUGGUGAAGAAAUCAGAUUCCGAGUUGUCGAUGAAACAUUCGUAGACACAACACCCACAAGCCCAGAAACCGGCACCGAAGAGACCGAUGUCUUGGAAUCAGAUGCCAAAAAGGUGCCCUACACAUUGACUGGCUCAAUCAGUGAACCCGGUUUAGGGCUGUUGUCAUGGUGGAACUCCUGAUGAUACCAAAGACUCUUCUCACACAUAAACAUGCACAUAUAUGAUGAUGUGUAUGCCUGUCCUGUUGGAUGUGGGUUAUGGGGCCUAAGAGACAGUCAUGCCAACACUCCCAACUACUCACUUGAGCCUAGUGUUCGUAUAUGUGUGUGUGUAUUUGAAAGGUAAACAAUGUGAGAUAUAAGAAAAAAAAAUGCAAGUUGAUCGUUUGUAUUUUUACCUUGUAUUUCAAUGUUUUGGGUUUAGCACCCCUUCUUCAUGAAAUCCUUGAAAAUAUGGGUGUUAAGGAAAUAAAUUAAAAGUAUUUAUCUAUAUCAGACAAUGCUUCAUGAAAACUGUACCACUAUAAUACAUUCACACAUAUGUAUCAUCAUUUAACAUCCAGCAUGGGAAGCAGGCAUUAAAUGGUAGUAAAUAUAUAUAUACAUAUGCUUGUAUAUGUAUGUAUAUACAUGCACACAAAACCCUCAUCUUUCAUAAAGAAAAAUCAUGACUUUGACUUAUUUAUUUUCUGUACAGACAAUUUAAAUCCUUUGUAAAAAAAAAAAGGCAAAAUGAAACCUGAUUAAAACACACACACACACUUAUGUAUAUCAAUGUGUGUGUGUGUAUAUUCUAAAAUUUUGCUACUAUUGCAUCUUGUGUUAUUUUAUUCAUGUCUGAGUGUGUUAUUGUGCUUGAUCAAGAUGUUAAGAAGUCACAUGAACUCUUAUUUUAUUGAAAUUUUCCUUCAUAGACUGAGAAAGCAAACCAAAACCUAGCGGUGAUUGGUAACAACUGUCAGUGAGAAAGGGAAAUAUAUUUGUCUUGAUGAGGGACAGCUAUACCCUUGUUUUUACCUUUCACUUGUUUCACAUAUUAGACUGAGGCCAUGCUGGGGCACUGCUGUGAAGUUUUAGAGGGUCGUGGUGAAGUGUGGUGAAACCAUCUAAUAACGACUCCGUUCAAAAGGAUGGAAUAAUACAUGUAAUGAACCAGUGAGGAAAGAGAGAGAGACACAACCAAGUAGAAUGUUCAAGAGA